AUGCCUCCAAAGCAACAAUUGUCAAAAGCUGCUAAAGCUGCUGCCGCUAUGGCUGGUGGUAAGAAGUCCAAAAAGAAGUGGUCCAAGAAGGCUCACAAGGACAAGGCCAAGCAUGCUGUUAUCUUAGACCAAGAAAAAUACGACAGAAUCUUGAAAGAAGUUCCAACUUUCAGAUAUGUUUCUGUCUCUGUCUUGGUUGACAGAUUAAAGAUUGGUGGCUCUUUAGCCAGAGUUGCCUUGAGAGACUUAGAAAAACAAGGUAUAAUCAAAGCCGUUUCUAAACACUCCAAACAGGCUAUCUACACCAGAGCUGUUGCUUCCGAAUAG